GUGGUUGUGGUGGUGGGGAGCUGCUGAUGCUGGCGCUGGGGGCGGCUGCGGUCUCGGUCUCGGAGUAACUGACAGACUGAACAGCAGUCCCUCCCUGCCCGCGGCGGAGAGAAGCCCUUACCGGAUUCCCAAGCUAGGAUCUGGAAGCGGAGAGUAGAGCUGAAUUGUAACCCUGGAUUGUUAUGAGAGGCUGAAUCCUCAGUCUGCUUAUUUUUAUUUACUUGUGGGCUCGCGCCCAGAUAAUUGAGUGGAAUGGAGCUAGCCCACAGCUUACUGUUAAAUGAAGAAGCUCUGGCACAGAUAACUGAGGCAAAGAGGCCUGUGUUUAUCUUUGAAUGGCUACGAUUCUUAGACAAAGUGCUUGUGGCUGCUAAUAAGGUGGAUGUGAAAGAAAAGCAAAAGAAACUGGUAGAACAGCUAACUGAUCUAAUAAGCGGCUCAUCAGGCCCUCCCACACGCAAGCUGUUGGCUAAGAAUCUUGCUACCCUCUACAGCAUUGGGGAUACCUUCACAGUCUUCCAAACUUUGGAUAAGUGUAACGACAUCAUUAAGAAUAAAGAUGACACAUCUUCUUACCUGCCUACCAAAUUGGCGGCUGUGGCCUGCAUUGGAGCAUUUUAUGAGAAGAUGGGCCGAAUAUUGGGUAGCUCCUUUCCUGAAACUGUCAGCAAUCUUUUAAAAGCCCUGAAAAGCGCAGAGUCACAGGGUCGUACUGAAAUCCUACUGAGUCUACAGAAGGUACUCAGUGGUUUGGGUGGUGCAGCUGCUUCUUGCCAUCGGGAUAUCUACAAAAAUGCCCGCUCAGGUUUGACUGACCGAUCCAUGGCUGUUCGGUGUGCAGUUGGUAAGUGUCUUCUGGAACUACAAAAGGAGUCGGUCUUCAUGUGGACCACAGAACUGGAAAACCUAGCUACUCUUUGCUUUAAAGCUCUGGAAGGAUCUAAUUAUGGGGUCAGAGUUGCAGUGUCCAAAUUACUCGGGACCGUCAUGGCAACAGCUUUAACACCCAAACAAGCAGCAGUGAUGCGGCAGAACGUAAAGCGUGCCACCCUGGAGGAGGUCUUGGAACUGUUGGCAACAGGAUUUCUGCGUGGUGGUACGGGAUUCCUGAGGAGUGGUGGAGAGAUGCUGAAAGGUGGCGGGUCUGUCAGCCGAGAGGUGCGAGUUGGCGUAACACAGGCUUAUGUUGUUUUUGUCACCACACUUGGGGGACAGUGGCUGGAGCGUAACUUUGCGACAUUCCUUACCCAUGUCCUAGAGCUUGUGUCACAUCCCCGGGCCACUCAAAGUCAUGUGGAAGCAGUAUACUCUCGGCGUUGUGUCUCAUUCAUUCUUCGAGCGACUGUGGGCAGCAUCCUUGGUGAAAAGGCUCAGAUAGCAGCUGCAAAGGAUGUGUGUCAGGCCAUUGCCAAACACAUGAAGACAGUGGAAUCUGUGGUGAACGAUGCCAACAAUGACAAAUCAGGUGCAGCUGACGUGUCUGCCAGUCAACAUGUGAUGGUGUGUGCCCUACAAGAACUUGGCAGCCUGGUACAGAGUCUAAGUGCCACUGCCUCUCCUCUCCUCCAGGAACCCACCAUUGGUCUUCUGGAGACAGUGACCUCAGUCCUCCUUCAUCCUAGUAUGGCAGCCAGACUAGGUGCCGCCUGGUGCAUGCGCUCUAUAGCUGUGGCAUUGCCUUACCAGCUGACUCCACUGCUGGACAGCUGUGCAGAACGCAUCAACAGUCUGAAGACAUCACCAGAAGCUGUCACUGGAUACAGUUUUGCAAUGGCUGCAUUGCUGGGCAGUGUACACCAGUGCCCUCUUGGAAUUCCUCAUGCCAAAGGAAAAAUGGUGGUGAGUAUUGCGGAGGACCUGUUGCGCACAGCUUCUCAGAACAGCCGCCUGUCACUACAACGCACGCAGGCUGGGUGGCUUCUCCUGGGAGCGUUGAUGAGCCUAGGCCCUUCAGUUGUUCGAUAUCAUCUCCCCAAGAUGCUGCUUCUGUGGCGCAAUGUGUUUCCACGUUCCCUAAAAGAACUGGAAGCGGAGAAAGCUCGAGGAGAUUCCUUUACGUGGCAAGUGACCCUGGAGGGGCGAGCUGGUGCAUUAUGUGCUAUGAGGAGUUUUGUGGCUCACUGUCCUGAACUUCUCACCGAAGAUGUAAUUCGUAGACUAAUGACUCCAAUUGAAUGUGCGAUGCUAAUGCUAUCACACAUUCCGUCAGUCAUAAAGGCAUAUGGAGCACAGCUGAAGGCAAGUGCAGCAAUGGUGCGUUUGCGUCUCUAUGACAUUCUAGCUCUUCUGCCUCCGAAAACCUAUGAAGGCAGCUUCAAUGCUCUCCUAAGGGAGCUAGUUGCUGAAUUUACAUUAACUGACAAUUCUGCUAAUACAACUACUUCCCUUUUGCGGUCGCUCUGCCACUAUGAUGAUAGUGUUCUCCUUGGCUCCUGGCUUCAAGAAACAGACCAUAAGUCAAUCGAGGAUCAACUCCAGCCAAACAGUGCAUCAGGAAGCGGAGCUUUGGAGCAUGAUCCAUCCUCCAUCUACCUGCGUAUUCCUGUAGGUGAGGCAGUGCCUGGGCCUCUUCCACUCGGUGUAUCGGUCAUUGAUGCCUCAGUUGCCCUCUUUGGUGUGGUCUUUCCUCAUGUCUCUUUCAAGCAUCGGCUCCAGAUGUUGGAUCAUUUUGCUGAAUGCAUCAAGCAGGCGAAAGGGGUUCGUCAGCAGGCUGUACAGAUCAAUAUCUUCACUGCUGUUCUUAGUGCACUCAAGGGUCUAGCAGAGAACAAGAGUACUCUGGGACCUGACGAGGUACGGAAGUCUGCACUGGCACUGGUCAUGGGUGCUCUUGAUAACCCCAAUCCAAUUUUGCGAUGUGCUGCUGGUGAGGCUCUGGGGAGGAUGGCACAGGUGGUAGGAGAGGCCACUUUCAUAGCCAGGAUGGCACAGCACAGUUUUGACAAACUAAAAUCUGCUCGUGAUGUGGUGUCCAGGACAGGGCACUCACUUGCACUUGGUUGCCUUCAUCGAUAUGUUGGUGGAAUAGGGUCUGGUCAGCAUCUGAAAACAAGUGUCAGCAUCCUGUUGGCACUUGCACAGGAUGGUACAUCCCAUGAAGUACAGACGUGGGCUCUUCACUCACUGGCUCUGAUUGUGGACUCCAGUGGUCCCAUGUAUCGUGGAUAUGUGGAGCCCACACUGUCACUCGUUCUGACAUUGCUGCUGACUGUACCACCAUCACACACCGAAGUGCACCAGUGUUUGGGUCGUUGUUUGGGUGCACUAAUCACAACUGUUGGACCAGAACUGCAAGGUAAUGGAGCCUCCACAUCCACAAUACGUUCUUCCUGCCUUGUGGGUUGUGCUAUCAUGCAAGACCAUUCUGAUUCCCUUGCCCAGGCAGCAGCAAUAUCCUGCCUGCAGCAACUUCAUAUGUUUGCACCACGUCAUGUCAAUCUGUCCAGUUUGGUGCCCAGUCUCUGUGUCCACCUUUGCAGCUCUCACCUGCUAUUGCGCAGAGCAGCAGUCGCCUGUCUCCGUCAGCUCGCUCAAAGAGAGGCAGCUGAGGUCUGUGCCUAUGCAAUGACUCUCACUCGGAGUGCUGGAAACAAAGAAAGCAGUGGCAUUGAUGUGAAUAUCACAGAGACUGGCCUUGAAGGAGUGUUGUUUGGAAUGCUGGAUCGUGAGACUGACCGCAAGCUGUGCGCUGACAUUCAUGACACUUUGGGCCACAUGCUUUCAUCGUUGGCAGUGCAAAAACUUUCACACUGGCUAAAGCUGUGCAAAGAUGUCCUGGCUGCAUCAACUGAUGCGAGUGCAGUAGAUCCAUUAGAAGCAAUGAAGGAUGAGGAUGGAGAGAAAAAGGAUGAGAUGGAUGAUGACAUUAUGUUCACCAGCAUAGGUGACGAUGAGAAAUCCAAGCCCUGUGUUGCCCCACGGUGGGCUACCCGUGUGUAUGCCGCCGAGUGCCUGUGUCGUAUCAUCAUGCUGUGCAAGAACACGGACGAGACACACUUCGAUCUUGCCAAGGCUAGGGUCUUGAGACUGAAGAAUCCCAAAAGUGAACUGUUGGUGUUGCAUCUUUCUGACCUUAUUCGCAUGGCCUUCAUGGCUGCCACUGACCACAGCAACCAGCUGAGAAUGGCUGGCCUUCAGACACUUGAGGACAUCAUCAAGGAGUUUGCUUCUGUUCCAGAGCCCGAGUUUCCAGGUCACGUGAUCUUGGAGCAAUAUCAGGCAAAUGUUGGAGCAGCCUUGAGACCAGCUUUUUCCCAGGAUACUCCAUCCGACAUUACUGCUAAAGCCUGUCAGGUUUGCAGCGCUUGGAUUGGAAGUGGAGUGGUUAGUGACCUAAAUGAUCUACGCCGAGUACACAAUUUAUUGGUAUCCUCUUUAGACAAAGUGCAAUCUGGAAAGGGCUCCCUGAGUCAACUGUACAGUGAGAGUGCUACCACGAUGGAGAAGUUGGCUGUGCUUAAAGCUUGGGCAGAGGUCUAUGUUGUAGCCAUGAAAACCAAGAAGGAAGCAGAAGCCAAGCCGGUGACAGCUAUGAAGAAUAAGGAAGAGGACAAUGGUUUCGAUGCCAUGGAUGAGCUCCCUCCAGACAGCUUGAUUACAUUGGUUGAGCCGGAGCUGCCUAUUCUAAGUCGCCUCUGGCUUGCAGCACUGAAGGACUAUGCCCUUUUAACUCUGCCACCUGAAUUUGCCAGCCAGUUGCCAUCUGAUGGAGGUGCCUUCUAUACGCCUGAAACAAUUGACAGUGCCCGUCUACACUACCGUGCUUCCUGGGCUCCCAUCUUACAUGCAGUGGCACUUUGGUUGAACAGCACAGGAUUUUCUGUUCCGUGCGAGCUGACGACCCUGCCAGUUCAAAGUGGGCACAAGAAUCAGUCGGGCACCUUUCUAGCUCAGGCGUCUGGAACUUCAACCAAAACUCUGCAGGAGAUUAACACAGACAGAUUACAACUUAUUUUUGGUAUCAGUAUUGAGUUCCUGUGCUCUCCUCGACCUGAAAAUCCCCUCGAGCAUGUAACAUCCUGCCUGAAGGCGCUUCAUACUUUACUGGACUCCCCUUGUGCUAGAACAUACAUCGGAGAAGAUCAGCUGCUCACCGUUGAGCUUUUUAAUGUGUUGCAUCGUCUGUUACUAACCUGUGGGCCUCCCUCUGUUCAACAACAAGUGACUAUGGUUAUACAACAGACUAUCCGAGCUGCUCAGGAUCAUCUUCAAGGUCUGUUAAAGCAGAAUCGUGAUGACAAAUGUGCACCUGAGGAGGACCCACUAACUACUUUAGGGGAAGGAGGGAAAUCUGGUGGCUUGAUUCCUGGCAAAUCUGUUGUGUUUGCUGCAUUGGAGCUGCUUAUGUUCAUUCUGGUACGACACCUCCCACAGCUGAAUCCGAAAGUGACAGACUCUCCUAGUCACGUUGCCAGCAAGACGCAGUCAUUAGCAGAUGAGAGUGCCCAGCUUGUAGCUGUCAGUGUUUCCAUCCUCGCUGAUUUACCAUCGCUUUGUUCUCCAACAGGCAGUAUGACUGUACUACCCACAAUCCUUUACCUAAUCACUGGAGUGCUGAGAGAAUCAGCAGUGAAGUCAGCUGAUAACCACGUGUCACUCCCAGUCAGUGCAGCACUGCAGGGGAUCAAAACUAUCAUUACUUCUCCAUUGGCCAAAUCGGAUGAGAUUCACAAACAGUGGAAAGAUCUGAUCUGCAGCACCCUGGCUUCCAUCUUGGAAUAUUCCAAACCAGAUGAAUCAAAGCCGAAUGUGGAUGAAGUGAGCAUGCUCACAGCAAUCACUCUUUUCCUGCUAUCUGCCAGUAAUGAGGUGGUUGGGAUUUCGUCUCUCCAGAAUUGUUGCAUCGAGAGAUUUGCAAGUGCUUUAAAUUCAAGAGACCCCUGGGUUCAAGCAAAAUGUUACCAGUUGCUGCUCUCGGUUUUCCAACAGUCAAACCGAGCCCUCUCCUACCCAUAUAUUCAUGCCUUGGCUCCACUGGUCGUUGAGAAACUUAAAACGGUGGGGAAUCAGAAACUGGCCAAUAGUGCUGAGCUUCAAGCAGCACAAGAAGGAAUCAAAGUUCUUGAGACCCUGGUAAACCUCGCAGGGGAACAAAACAGAAGCCAGCUGCUUGCUCUUCUGGUCCCCACUCUCAUUUCGUAUCUGCUGGAUGAGAAGACUUUCGGCUCGGCUCCCACAGCCUCCAAGGGUCUUCAUGAGCUUGCUCUGCAGGAUCUCAUGCGCAUUGGUCCCCUCUACCCUGGUGCCUUCAAGGCAGUGAUGGGGGCAGCACCUGAACUCAAAGCCAAGUUAGAGGCUGCUAUCCGAGCUAGCCAAGCCAGUUCCCGGGCCAAAGCUGCAAGCCAGCAAGCCAAGCCAGCUGUGCAAGCUGCACCCACCAUCAAGCUCAAGACAAGCUUUUUCUGAAAUUAAUUGGAGGUGUUUUCACAUUGGUACAUCUCUACGACUUGGAAAAGUAUUAAACUUCCCCUUCCCUAUUGUUUGAGUCAACUCUCCUGAUGUCUUCUGUACAGGUUAUGAUUUCUGUUAGCUUGUAAAUUGUUCAAUGAAGAAAGCAAUUUGGGUUUAAAGGUUUAAAAUUGUUUGUGUAUAGAUAUCACAAUUAUAUCACAAAGAAUGUUAUAAAUAAAGAGGAAAAGAUUUUUUUUAAA